AUGUGCACUCCAAAGCAUCUCUCUUACUCUUUAGAAUUUCCUAAAGGAAGAAGCAAUCCGGGAGAAAAGAAAAGAUGGAGCUCGGUUAGAUCAUACCUUUGCGGAGAUGAAUUCAACUCUGUUCUCGCUGUGGAUGAUUCAGAAUCGAUCAAAGAUUCUGUCGACACUAUUCUUAUAAUGUCUCAGCAACAGAGUUCAGAUUUUAUAACACCUUUUGAUUCGGUUCUCGCAACUGAAGAUUCAGCGUCUGUGAAACAAUAUUUGGAGGAAGUGGAGGAUUCUGUUUCAGUUAAAAGCUCAGAGGCAACAGUGACUCAGCCUUUACAGGACGAGAAACCAAAUGUAAUAAAAGAAGAAGUUGAUAACCAAAGUGAAACAACAGAGACGCACAUACCAAAGAAGCAUCAGACUACUCCAAUCUCUAAGAAGUUCCUCGAAGAAGAUGCUGCAGUCAUAAUUCAGACAGCAUUUAGGAGUUACCUGGAAAUACGUCGGAGCAAAGAAGUGGAAGAAACGUUUGUUAAGGAAGAGAGCCUCUCAGGAGGGGAAUCUCAAGGUAAAGUAUCCAUGGGGACAUCACUAGAAGUUCAGACAUGUAGUUCCACGAAAGCACCGUUUUUUAGAAGAAGACGAGUAUCUGCAAACCGAAGAACACUACAGAAGAACAAAACUCAAGUUCUUAGAAUAAAGGAAGACUGGGAUGAUAGCACAGUGAGCAGUACCACAUCAAAACUAAGGAUUCAAAGCAGAAUCGAAGCAAUGACAAAACGCGAGAGAGCACUUGCUUACGCAUUUUCACAGCAGCUAAGAAUUUGCUCAAAGAAGAAGCAAAUAGAUCGCAACAGUGAAGAUGAAUCCAACAUCGGUUGGAGUUGGCUAGAACGCUGGAUGGCAACUCGUGUACCAGAGAGCAUUCCGAUUGAACCAAGAACAAACAUUCAGACAGAUGUUGCCACGAAAAAUCAAAGAUUGGUAAGAAAGAAUAUAUCUUUUGGUAUAGCUGGCGAGUUGGAGAGCUGUGCUUCCAACGAUAUACAAUUUGAAAGCAUAUCAGAGACAGUAGAAGAGCAAACUCAAGAUUUGCAGACAGAAAAGAGCAUCCUUAAACCGAACAUAUCAAAGCGCAAAUCUAUUCCAAGCUACAAAAGUCAGAGAGUGCAUAACAGGGCAACUAAAAGAGAUCAGCAGCAACAUACAAAGAAAGCUAAGAAGGCCAAGACCACUCCCUCAAGCUGCAAAAUUAGAAAUGAAUGUGAUGAAACCUCGCAGAAGAUAAAUAUCAGCAGCUGA